AUGAAGAUGGGCUCUAGGAAGCAAAAAGUUGCAUUUCAUGUACUUUACAAGGUUCCUUCUGGUGACGGUCCUUAUGUCCGAGCUAAACUUGCUCAGGCUAUAAAUGCAGGAGAUAGAGUGGAUAGUGCCCUUAAGGACAUGGCACUUGUAAUGAAGCGAUUGGAUAAAAGUGAAGAGGCCAUUGAAGCCAUCAAUUCUUUUAGGGUUUUUUGCUCCAAACAAGCCCAGGAUUCACUCGAUAAUGUCCUCAUCGACUUAUACAAGAAAUGCGGCAGAGUGGAUGAACAAAUAGCAUUGCUAAAGCAUAAGCUUAGGUUGAUCUACCAAGGACAUGUCUUCAAUGGAAAACCCACAAAAACUGCACGCUCUCAUGGCAAGAAAUUUCAAAUUUCCGUCAAACAAGAAACUUCACGAAUAUUGGUACGUACAUUACACUAA